AUGUCUGAUCAUGAAGAUUUUGCGGACAGCGAGCCGCCGACAAUAGACCCCUAUGAGGUCUUGGGCCUGGAGCGCACCGCAACUGCUGACCAGGUCAAGAGCGCAUAUCGCAAAGCAGCGCUCAAGAAUCAUCCAGACAAAGUUGCCGAGUCUCAGAAGGAGAAGGCGCACGAGGCCUUUCAAAGCAUCGCAUUCGCUUACGCCGUCCUCUCGGAUCCUGCGCGACGAAAACGAUACGACACCACUGGAUCAACGGCCGAGUCCAUUGUUGACUCCGAGGGCUUCAACUGGAGCGACUAUUACCGGGAGCAGUUUAAGGAUGCAAUCUCCGAGGAUGCCAUCAGAAAAUUCGCCGAGAAAUACAAGAAUUCCGACGAGGAGAAGGAUGAUCUCCUCAUCGCCUACGAAGAGUGCGAAGGCGACAUGGAUCAGGUGUACGAGCGAGUGAUGCUUAGUGAUGUCGUUGAGGAUGACGAGCGAUUUCGUAAGAUUAUUGACGAAGCAAUUGAGACUGGCGACGUCCCAAGCUUCGCAGCUUACAAGAAGGAAAACAAGCGGAAGCGUGCUGCCCGUGCCAAGGCGGCCAAGGCAGAGGAAAAGGAAGCUGAGGAGCUGGCCAAAGAGCUUGGCGUGCAUGACAAGAUUUUUGGCGGCAAGGCAAAGGGCAAGAAGGGUAAGGGGAGCUCGGAAGAUGACUUGGCAGCUCUGAUUCAGAAGCGACAGAAAGAUCGGGCUGAGGGCUUCCUCGACCACCUCGCUGAGAAGUACGGCGCAAAGAGCUCUGCUGGCAAGAAGGGCAAGAAGCGCGUUGUUGAGGAAGAGGAAGAGGAGCCGUCGGAGGAGGCAUUUCAAGCUGCUGCGGCCAGGCUCAAGAAGGCAAAGACUUCUAAUAGAGAGGAGAAGUCUGCGUCAAGCUCAGGCCGACGAUCGACGAGAUCUCGCCGGUAA